AUGACAGUAAGGCAAUUGACAUUUGUGGUUUCGUCGUUUUAUAGCACCUACGAAUUGGCAGUUCAUGGUCAGAAACAAAGUUUUUUAUCUCACCGUCCCCAACUAUUCACGAAAUUACAUCCGAUUCUAGCCGUCUGCUCAUACCUUUGUUCCGCACGUCAGAUCGAUCAAAUUUGCGAAGUGGUAGCCUUCAAUUAUACGAUCAAGCCUUUUAUUGACCUUUCCCUUUCUCUUUAUCACCAAUUUAAUGUAUCGAUUGCACGGUGCAACAUUCAAAUGCAACGAAUUGAAACGUGCCCAUUCAGUGUAAAUGAUACGGAGUUGCUUGCCGUAAAUACUUUUAACCUACGCAGAAUUUGUUAAGAUGUCGAGAACAGCAUCAAUUGAAAAUGUCUUCUCCCGAUAACUCGCGAGCGUUUUGCCUGCCAGCGUGGCUGUUGCAUCGUUGGGGAGAAAAUCGACAACCACAGACACUCUUUGCUUUCGUAAUUCCUUAU